AACGACUCUAACCUCUCUCAAAUCUGAACUGCCUCGUCUUCGUCCUCCAAUGGCGAUAUCCCCAAAGCUUUGUCUUCUUCCACUCCUAUGUUUGCUAGUGAGCACAGUUUCGGCCACAGUGUUUACCCUUGAGAAUCAUUGCAGCUACACAAUAUGGCCUGGAACUUUGUCCGGCAAUGGCGCCGCUAUCCUCGGGAACGGCGGUUUUGUAUUGCCACCUGGUGCAUCGAUCCAGUUGCAGGCACCAUUUGGAUGGUCGGGAAGGUUCUGGGCCCGAACUGGAUGCAACUUCGACAGCGCCGGCAAGGGUACAUGCACCACCGGAGACUGUGGCGCACUGAACUGCAUCGGUGGCGGCGUUCCUCCGGUGAGCCUUGCGGAAUUCACUAUCGGUGCCGACAGUGCCGAUAAAGAUUUCUACGACGUGAGCCUCGUGGACGGCUACAAUGUGGGAAUGUCGAUUGAAAGCUCGGGCGGAACCGGAGACUGCCAGAGGGCCGGUUGUGUGGCUGAUCUGAACUCGAACUGCCCGGCGGAGUUGCAGAUAACUGAUUCAGGUUCGGUGGUUGCAUGCAAGAGUGCGUGCGCAGCUUUUAACACGGCCCAGUAUUGUUGCACCGGCGACCACAGCACCCCCCAGACAUGUUCGCCGACGCAGUACUCGGAGAUAUUCAAGAAAGCGUGCCCGACGGCGUAUAGUUAUGCUUAUGACGAUCCAACCAGUACCUGUACUUGCACCGGGGCAAAUUACUUGAUUACCUUUUGCCCCACCGCAUUUUGAUCAUCUUCUUCAUCAAAUUACUCUUCUGUUUGUUUUUCAAAUUUAUCUGUGACUUUGCGUGCGUGUUCUUGGAUUUAUUCUUGAUUAAUUUAGAGAGCAUUGCUUUGUUUUUAAUUUUUUUUUUUGUAAUUUGCAUGUAGGAAAUAUAAUUUAAUAAAUCAGGAAAUAUUUGAUUUAUCA